UGCGUAACAUACCUAUAGGGUGUAUCAGGUUUUGGGCGGGUGUGGUCAAGGUUUGGCUACCGCACGUUUGCAUCGUGUUGCCCACUGUGUCCCGAGGAGCGUUUCAUCAAAAUUAGAGGCGAGGUUGCUUGUGAAUGUUCCUUUCAGUGACAAUGGCAAGAAAAGCCCUUUUGAUUCUGCUAUGUGGAGGUUUACUCGGUCACGUUGCAACAAUUGAUGAAUGAACAAUUGAGGCUGGAAACUUGUUAUUUUGUUGAUUAAUCACUGAAUUGGGUGGGUGGGGGGAGCCCAACAUUUAAUUUCCGUGCCUUUACUGAAAAACUGGACGUGACUUCAAUGUGGAUGUCGUGAAUCCAAAAUUGAUGAUUCCGUUUGUUUUUUGCCUGAAAUUUCCAUGAGUAAAAAAAAACAAGCAGAUGUUUGCAAAUGUCGUCUUUUUCAAAGAAAAUCAGUAUGGUUUCUUGGACGGCUGGACAAAUCUGAGAUUUACUUUUGAGUGGCAGAAAUUUGACCUCCCCUCCACACCACCCCCCCAAAAAAAAGCCUGUUGAGAGGCAGACAGUUUGACGUGAAUGCAGGCUUAAAAAGCGGUGAAUCACUCAUCAAAUAUUUUUCUCGAUUCAUUUGACAAUGAAUUAUGAAUUGAAAUGCUGAACUGUUGCAACUGUACUCAGAAAGUGGAUAUGGCGUCAUUUCCAAUACAGCUGAUGACCUUUUCCUUGUCUUUUUUUUGUUUUGUUUUGUUUUCAUUUCUUUUCUUCUUCUUAUUGAACUUGUGGCUUACCUGCUGAUGUCCAAAACCCGCCCAUCGGGCAAUAAAAACAACCGACCCCAUUGUGCGGCCCAAAAAGUGACAUGCUGUCAAAGCAUGUGACUGGUUCCGCGGCAUUGUUGGACGUUCCAGCCGGCGCAUUCACGGUGAACGCCCGUCAUGCGCGGGAACCGCCCUCGGCUUUCCCACACAGAUGCCGAGUGCAGCCAAGAUGACAUGAUGGUUCCCGUGCUGAGCUCCAAAAAAGCCAGCGAGCUGCCCGUCAACGAGGUGGCGUGCGCUCUGCAGGCGAACCUUCAGUACGGGUUGGGUGAGGACGAGGUGUCAAGACGCAGGAUCUACCACGGCUGGAACGAAUUUGACAUCAGCGAGGACGAGCCACUAUGGAGGAAGUACAUCGCGCAGUUCAAAGACCCGCUGAUCUUGCUGCUGCUGGCCUCGGCCGUCAUCAGCGUCCUCAUGCGGCAGUUCGACGACGCCAUCAGCAUCACCGUGGCUAUCAUCAUCGUAGUCACCGUCGCCUUCGUCCAGGAGUAUCGCUCGGAGAAGUCUCUGGAAGAGCUGGGAAAACUGGUCCCGCCACAGUGCCACUGCAUCCGCGAUGGUCAGCUGCAGCACAUGCUGGCCAGGGAACUGGUUCCGGGAGACACGGUGUGCCUGGCGGUGGGAGAGCGCGUGCCGGCGGACCUGCGCCUCUUUGAGGCCAGCGACCUUUCGGUGGACGAGUCCAGUCUGACGGGGGAGACGGCGCCCUGUUCCAAGUCCACGGCGCCUCAGCCGGCCGCCAACAACGGCGACAUCGCUUCCCGGGCCAACAUCGCAUUCAUGGGCACGCUGGUGCGCUGCGGCAAAGCCAAGGGGAUUGUCAUCGGAACGGGAGAAAACUCCGAGUUUGGUGAGGUCUUCAAGAUGAUGCAGGCGGAGGAGGCUCCCAAGACGCCGCUGCAGAAGAGCAUGGACCUGCUGGGCAAGCAGCUCUCGCUCUACUCUUUUGGCAUCAUCGGGGUGAUCAUGCUGGUGGGCUGGCUGCAGGGCAAGAGGAUCCUGGACAUGUUCACCAUCGGCGUCAGUCUGGCGGUGGCGGCCAUUCCCGAGGGUCUCCCCAUCGUGGUGACGGUGACGCUGGCACUGGGCGUCAUGCGCAUGGUCCAGAAGCGAGCCAUCGUCAAGAAGCUUCCCAUCGUCGAGACGCUGAGCUGCUGUAACGUCAUCUGCUCGGACAAGACGGGAACGCUGACCAAGAACGAGAUGACCGUCACGCAGAUGUUCACGUCGGACGGAAUCCACGCCGAGGUGACGGGUGUGGGCUACAACGGCAACGGAGAGGUUUUAGCCGACGGAGAAAUUAUCCACGGCUUUUCUCACCCGUCGCUCAGCAAAAUUGUGGAGGUGGGCUGCGUCUGCAACGACUCGGUCAUCAGGAACGGGACUCUGCUGGGCCGGCCCACGGAGGGAGCGCUCUUGGCCCUCGCCAUGAAGAUGGGCCUGGAAGGCGCCCAGCAAGAGUACGUACGUCUGGAAGAGCUUCCCUUCACCUCCGAAAAGAAGUGGAUGGCGGUGCGCUGCGUUCACCGCACGCAGCAGGACAAAACGGGCGUGCUGUUUGUGAAGGGCGCCUAUGAGCAAGUGAUCCGCUUCUGCAGCUCCUACAACAGCCGAGGGAGCGCCUUUCCUCUCACCCAGCAGCAGGUGGAGCUCUACCAGCAGCACAUCAGCUACAUGGGCACCGCCGGCCUCCGAGUUCUGGCGUUCGCUUCCGGGUAUGAGAUGGGAACUUUGACCUUCUUGGGCCUGGUGGGCAUCAUCGACCCGCCUAGGGCGGGCGUCAAAGAGGCGGUGGGCACGCUCAUCAGCUCGGGCGUCGCCAUCAAGAUGAUCACCGGAGACUCUCAGGAGACCGCCGCUUCCAUAGCCAGUCGCCUGGGCCUUUGUUCCAAAGGAGGAGGGGAGUGUUUAUCGGGAGAGGAGGUGGACCGUCUGGAUCUGCAGCAGCUCUCGCAAAUUGUCCCCCGCAUCUCCGUCUUCUACAGAGCCAGCCCCAGACACAAGCUCAAGAUCGUCAAGUCCCUGCAGAACAUCGGCGCCGUGGUGGCCAUGACGGGCGACGGCGUGAACGACGCGGUGGCGCUGAAGGCGGCCGACAUCGGCGUGGCCAUGGGCCGCACCGGAACCGACGUCUGCAAGGAAGCUGCCGACAUGAUCCUGGUGGACGACGACUUCAACACCAUAAUGUCGGCCAUCGAGGAGGGGAAAGGAAUCUACAACAACAUCAAGAACUUUGUGCGCUUCCAACUCAGCACGAGCAUCGCGGCACUGACACUCAUCUCCUUGGCCACGCUGAUGAAUUUCCCCAACCCGCUGAACGCCAUGCAGAUCCUGUGGAUCAACAUCAUCAUGGACGGGCCCCCCGCGCAAAGUCUGGGCGUGGAGCCGGUGGACCGGGCGGUAAUCCUGAAGCCUCCUCGCAACGUCUCCGACAGCAUCAUCACACGCGGCCUCCUUGUUAAAGUUCUGGUGUCGGCCUUCAUCAUCGUCUGCGGGACGCUCUUCGUCUUCUGGAGAGAGCUGCAGGACAACGAGAUCACCCCGCGAGACACCACCAUGACCUUCACCUGCUUUGUCUUCUUCGACAUGUUCAAUGCGCUCAGCUCGCGCUCGCAGACCCGUCUGGUUCACGAGAUGGGCCUCUGCAGCAACCGCACGUUCUGCCUGGCGGUGCUGGCGUCCAUCAUGGGCCAACUGCUGGUCAUCUACUUCCCUCCGCUGCAGCGCGUCUUCCAGACCGAGAGCCUCAGCCUGUUUGACUUGCUGUUCCUGGUUGCGCUGACGUCGUCCGUGUGCAUCGUGUCGGAGGCCAUCAAGAGAGCCGAGCGGUGGCGAAGCUUUCCCAGAAGGGCGCCUGGCGACUGCUUCCAUCAGGUAUGACGCAAAUGGGCGCCCAGCCGGCCCCUGGAGACGGCGCUCAAGUGGAAGGACAAAACGGCGCAAGCACCUCCCUCGCCCCCAGCAACUGCAUUCCUGCUCUUUGCCGCCCCCUGCUGUCCGGCGCCCUCAUUCUUCUUUUGCGCACCGAGGCGUCCGCCGCCGCCGCCACGCGGGAAGUGACCUCACAGCGUCACAAGUACAGAGCGCUCGGACCGCCGAUCCACUCGUAUCGUGCCGAGGUUGACUCUCUGAGCUCCCGUCGUGGUGGAAGGCGCAGCAGGUCUGUCGUAAGGACGUUCAGCAACCGAACCUCACGCGGGAAGCCCACAGCAAGUGAUCUCUGCCAAGCUUCCAGGCAGAGAUUUCGAUGAAUCGUGUCAGCCCUCCGGUCUCCGCAUCCUUUUCGUGAUGGUUGGGGAGCAGGGACUGAGACGAUGAUUCCCAACACAGCCGGUUAUUUAGUUGGCCAGUUAACACGCAGGCUGAAGCGAUUCAUCGAAAACUCCCCAACCACUGCAAAGUCC